AUCCCCCAAAUGCUCCAAAACUCUAAUACAAACAAACCCAUUUCUUUGCUUUCCCAAUCCAUCAACAUAAUGACUACUCUCUCUCAAGCAUAUAGAGACCACCCUCUUAUUCACCUUCACCAUAUCGUCCCUUUAGACUUCGAUUCAUUACGAACCGUCCCCGACUCUCACGAAUGGCCUCAUUCCUCGUACGAUACCCUUGAACUUCAUACUAAUGGAGAUGUUUCGAUUCCCUUAAUCGAUAUGUCUGACCCUAAUGCAGCGAUGCUCAUUGGUAAUGCUUGUAAGACAUGGGGAGUGUUCCAAUUGACCAACCAUGGCGUGCCGACGAGCCUGGUGGCGAGAGCUGAAGUCGAGGCGGGACGACUAUUCGAUCUUCCAAUGACACGAAAGCUGAAGGCGCUUCGAGCUCCCGGCGACGCCUCCGGCUACGGCUUGCCCCGAAUAACGCCAUUUUUCUCUAAGUAUAUGUGGCAUGAAGGAUUUACUAUUAUGGGAUCCUCCGCAGAACAUGCUUCUCAACUUUGGUCUUCUAACUACCAACCGUUCUGCGAUGUAAUGGAAGAGUACCAGAAGAACAUGAAGUCCUUAGCUGAGAAAAUCACACAUUUAAUCUUAAAUUUCCUUAAAAUCCCCGACGACGCCGAAAUCACGAACUGGCUCCAUUCCGCCGGAGCCGCCGCCGCCGCCUGCAGCACCGCCUUGCAAUUAAACUGCUACCCCCGGUGUCCGGAUCCAACCCGGGUCAUGGGUCUGGCCCCACAUACCGACACCUUUCUAUUGACAAUCCUCCACCAAAGCAGCACGUGCGGGCUCCAAAUCUUCAGGGACGGGUUCGGUUGGGUACCUGUGACGCCGGUAGCCGGUGCACUAGUCCUCAACGUCGGCGACCUGUUCCACAUCCUGUCGAAUGGGCGGUUCCCUAAUGUCCUCCACCGGGUUGUCGUCGACCCGACCCGACGCCGCCUGUCUAUGGCCUAUUUCUUUGGACCGCCGCCGGAUUUCUGCGUGUCGCCGUUUAACAAUCCACCGGAAUCUCCCCGGUUCCGGUCUGUGGUGGUGAAGGAGUAUGUCGGGUUGAAAGCGAAGAAUCUGGAGUGUGCCCUCUCUAUGAUCGGAAUAUAAUAAUAAUA